AUGCUGCACAUGCUAGCAACCUCUAGUGGAGUCUCACCACGUCUCGAUUCUCAUGUUGCCCUUUCUGUGUGUCUGCUUGGUCGUUGGGACGAGGCUGCAGUGGCCAUCAUCAAGGCAGCCUGUGAUCCAGAAAGGGCUGUCCGUGCGCUCGGUAGCAAUCUCAGUUCCAAGGUAUUGCAGGAUCGGCUCUUCGCUCGUGGAACGACCCUGCCCGCAGCCCAAAGGCGACCUCGGCUUGUCUUGGAGGAAAGUGAAGGGUCAACGAGUCAACGAGUCAACGAGUCAAGGCGAGGCCAUCACAAGGAUGUUCCCUUGAUGAGCAAGGCCCAGGCUGCCAAUGACGUAGAGGCGAAGCGCUCUUUGCAGCGGGAGUUGGAGCAAGACAUGCACAAGGUGCUUCGGGCAAAUGAUCUUUGCAGGCCCACAGCUCGCAUUCAGGAUUUUCUGCCAUUGCGCCUCGAUCUGACGCGUGUCUUCAACGAUGUUUCUGGUUUUCAUGAAGGUGUCACUCCCAAGACUCCAAGGGGAAGGCCGCCAACAGCUUGGUGGAAUUCGGAGGUGGUUGCUCCAGCGUCCGCCCGUGGCAGAGCACCUUCCAGCGGCGAGGACUCAAUGGACAGACGAGCCCGACGAUUGUACGUGGCUGACUUGAUGACGCCGCGAACGGCUCUAAGUUUCAUGCCGCAGGGAGAGGAAAAAGAUGGAGUGCUGAGUCCUGUGACACUUUUGCGUCCAUUGUGCGAAGUUGGAUGCCAAGAUGAAGGCACACGUGGUCGGCCAAGUUUGGGCAACAUCUCCGACAUUUCGGUGUCAAGUGAUGAAGACGACAUUCGAGCUCGUCUCAGCGAGGAGCUUCGCCAGAGAGUGGACAAGCAGAAUGAUCAGGAAAACCGACAGGUCUUCGACAAUGUGGAACAAGCACUGCACAAGGAGGAUAUUCAAGGCGUUCAACCUGGCCAAGGCCACCUCAUCCAAGCAGGUUGGUGCCCUUUGGCAAAUCCUGAGCAUUGUAUGCAUACCGGCCGAGAUUAA